AUGCGCGAUUCAUGGAGAACUGGGCGAUUCUGGUUUGAUUACGCAGCAAGAAAGAGCUUCGAUGUAAACACCAUCUAUUGGGCUGCGUUACAUAAAGACAAGCCGGGUAUUGAGUUGCUAGAUGACGCGGCGUAUGCAGAAAUGGAGCAAUUUACGCAGGUUAAGAUGGAGCAGCUGAAGGAAUAUAAAGGACGAGUGUGCUUCUCGUUUCUCCUCGGAUAUCUAGAGGACAUGUAG